AUGUCAUAUUGGAUAGAGAACCUGAGGGAGGGAGCAAUGUGGCAGUCAGACAGGUCUGAUCCAUCACAUUUCUUUCCUGACCAGUUAAAAGUCUUAACCCCCAAAGACACCAAAUCAGGCUCAUCCCUGGCAGAUCUUUCAGCUAUCACUUCGAGGGAAUGGAUGGAAUCAGAAGUGUGCCUCACUCCAGUUGAUAUAUCAGAGUCAGACCUAGCAAAUCUUCAGCACGGUGAAGUAUUGGAGGUGGGAUAUACAGAAAUAGCUCAAAAUGAGAAUGUCAUCAAAGAAUCGGAGCCUUCAACAGUAGAGGAGCAGCAUGUCACUAUAGAUAGUGGCUUAAAACCUGAAGUUAAUAUCACUAGUGAUGUAGUUGCUAGUCAGCUUAUUGAUCCGAGUGGACAGAAAAUUGAUGCAGACACCAGUUCCAUUGUGGUGCAGAUGGAUGAAGAAAACACCAGUGGAGUUUUGCCAGUAGAAAAUGUCUUUCAGAUGGAGAAUGGACUGGGUGAUGGUGGAUAUAUUAUUUUGUCUGGUGAUGCUGCAGCUUCUCUGGGCAUGGAAUCGGAUGAACCAGAUGCCAAGAAGAUACGGAUUGAUGGAGAGUCCUACAUCGUGGCAGUCACAGAUGAAAGUAAUGCUGCAGUCAGCAUAAAGCAUGAAAAGAGUGCAGCAGAGCAGCAGGUGUACCUGGUAACAUCUUCAGUAGCCAGUGGUACUGUUCCCCCACAGAAGACAACCACGGUCAAACAGAAAUCGGACAUCAACCAAGCCUGGUUCACGACACGAGACGACAAACAGGCACUCCACAACACAGGGGCCAGCUGGAAACAAGGCCAGUGGACCAAUGAAGAGGUGGAGAUAUUGCAGACCAAUAUCAACAAUUACUGUAAGGAACAUAACAUUGCUGACCCAACAGAAAUUAUAUUUGAGAUGUCGAAAGACGAACGGAAAAACUUCUACCGCACGGUUGCAAAAGGUUUGAUGAGACCCCUAUUUUCUGUGUAUAGAAGGGUGACCAGAAUGUAUGAUCAGAAAAAUUAUAUGGGAAAAUACACCUUAGAAGAAAUUAAUCUUCUUAAAGAAUUGCGUAAGGUGUAUGGUAAUGAUUGGGCCACCAUUGGUCAGGCCUUAGGAAGAAGUGCAUCCUCAGUGAAAGAUAAAUGUCGCUUGAUGAAAGACUCAUGCAACUCAGGAAAAUGGCUUCCAGAAGAGGAAAGAAGGUUAUGUGAUGCUGUGUAUGAGUUGACAGGAGCCAAACAAGGUGAAAGUGUUACCUCAGGUCUUUCAUGGUCCAAUGUAGCAGAGAAAGUAGCUAUUUUGGAAACAUUAAAAUUCACACAUCAGUGUCUUCAUGAGGUGAUUUAAAUUGUCUUUUGGAAACAAAAGGGGGGCACAGAAUGGACUCGGGAGGACGACAUGAAUCUCAUCAUGAGAAUUUCUAAUCUUGGUGUUGCCAAUGACACAGAGAUUGAUUGGAAAGAACUGGCGGAUAAUUGGCCCAGUGUAAGAUCACCACAAUGGUUGCGAGGAAAAUGGUGGUCUCUUAAACGUAACUAUCGCCAUUACCAGUCAAUGCCAUUUCAAGAAUUACUUGAACACCUGAAGACCAACCAUGUUGGAAAUGUUCGAGUGAAAAACCAGAUGAAAGUCUCUGCAGAAAUGGUAGCCAUGCCAGUAACUCUUCAAACAGGUGCUGAUGGUAGCUCCACCAGUGAAGCUCUACAGACAUAUGAAAUUCUCCAUCAAACCAGCUCUGGGGCUUUCCUGAUCACCCAGCCCAACACUAACCCCGCCAUUACCAUUAAUGGUUCUCCAGUCACUUCAGAUCAUAUUAUUGUACACACCUUGCCAAACUCAACAGCUUUACAGGGGCAGGAGAACCUGGCAGUACAGAUGAACCCAGUCAUACUCAACUCAGCCUCAGACAGUCUCAGUCUGGACUCGACAGAAAUCUCAUUACAGAGUUCUACCACCGGUACUGACCAGGAUAUAACAGAACAGAUGAUAACAUCCACCCCUGAGAUGGACACACAGACAGAAAUUUCUUCCACACCAUUUGAACAUGAGACCAUUGCCUCCUCUGUGAUCGACGGAGACCAGGAGAACAGUCAGUCCCAGAUUGUGAUUUCUUCAGAGAAUGACCAUGGGAACUACAAGUUAGUGAUGGUCACGACAGGGAACGAUAACAGUACAGAGUACAUGUUCUCACAGUCAGAUCCUAUGCUACCCUCGGGGGAGACUGACCUGAUUGUUAACCCCUCGGACGUGGAUUCUGACAAAGUUCAAGGCCAGGUCAGCCUGGAUAUUUCUAGUCCCGACAUCACAGCCACCUCUUCGUAAAUGCUGCAGAUUUUUAAAUCAAUCUUCAUAAUCUUAAAAUUGUCGGUUAUCUCUUCAAGAACUUUUCCUUUUUUUUGCUAAUUGUUAUAUAUAAGGGAUGCAUCAUUUUACUUUAUAAAAAGUAUAAUUAUUUUGAGCACAAAGUUGAGAAAUGUUAUCACACAAAAGUUGUUUAUUACUUGAUUCACAUACAAGGGAUGA